CCAUGUCACGAUGGAAUUUUAAAUUUGUUUUGCGUAUAAUAAUAAAUUAUAUAAAUAAUUUCAGAAAUGUUGAUUAUUUUAACGCCUCUAUAUCUAAUUUAUAGUUCAGCUACUCAACCACGUUAUAAAUAAGUGCAUACAAUUAGGAGAUAUAUCUGUGUUUUUAUAAACAUAACCUGUAUUCGAUAAUUAGGUUAGGUGCAUAAUCAUAGAGUAACAAAACUAUAAAACAACAUAAGCAAAACAACCAAAAAAUGGCUGGUGAAGUCGUAGUGGACGCUCUCCCGUAUAUUGACCAAGGAUAUGACGAACCAGGGGUAAGAGAAGCCGCCUUGGCGAUGGUAGAAGAGGAGUGCCGGCGUUACAGACCGACAAAAAAUUAUUUAGAACACCUGCCGCCUCUUAACAUAUCAUCCUUUGAAACCCCCAUUAUGCACAACGAAUUUGAACGCUUACAAAACAGACAACCCAUGGAAACAUUAUCCAUGAAAAGGUACGAGCUGCCGCCUCCGCCCAGCGGCAAGUUAAACGAAGUAAGUGCUUGGACUGAAUGCGUUAACAAUUCCGAGGCACAACUUGAACAUCAAGCCGUUAGGAUUUUAAAUUUGCAACUGAUGCUUGAAUAUUGUUGUCCAGCUUGGCAGAGGUAUUUACAAACGUUAACUGAUAUGGAGAAAAUUGCCUCAAAAAAACUAGCAGAUGUGCGACAAAGUUUACAAGAGGUUAAUUGGCAGAGGAAGUCUUUGCAGACAAAGGGCGGCGAUCAACUGAAGGCGUUGGAAGCUAAAUGGGUUGCUUUAGUGUCACAGAAUUACGAAAUUGAACAGGCUUGUUGUAUGGCCGAAGAAUAUAUCGCUCAAGUCAAACAGAACCCUCAAAUAUUAAGUUACAAGCAACAGGAAAUUGAAAUAAAUUAAUAUUUUUUUGACUUAUAUUUAAUUUUUUUAUAUGUAUAUUAUGUGAGUGUGAUUACAAAUAAUUUAAUAAAGAAUAUUAAUUUGA